CAGGCUCAGCCUCGGCAUCAGGACAGCAUGAAGACGGCGGUGGUUUUCACUGCGUUGGCCUUGUUCUGGCAGCACAGUCUGGUUACUGGGCACGCACUGGGACGGCCCUUGAUUCCCAGUAACCUGGACCAGUUAAAGUCGCUGCUGGAGCGGAUCGAGGAGACUCUGGCUGACGAGGCCCGGGAGGAGGCGGAUUACGAGGAGCCGACCCAGGAAGCCGAACCGAGCUGGAGCCCGGAGCAGCAGAACCGGCCGUCGGAGGCGGGUCAGCGGAACCGGCUGAACGACCUGCUGCUGAGCCUUAGGAAGCGGGCCUCCAGCUGCUUCGGCGCACGCAUGGACCGGAUAGGAAACAUCAGCGGCCUGGGAUGCAACAGCGGCAGAGGGUAGCCGUACGGAUCGUUGGAUUAUUCUGAGCCUGAAGCCAUGACUGUCAUCCUGCUCCGGUGAAAAUUGAUUAUUGAUCAUGUAAAUAUGAGUGGUUCACCCUCUGAAGUGGAAAUUUAUCUGCCAGCCAAAUAUGUGUCGUUUUCUAACACAUAUAAAAUUAAAGG